UUGUGACAGAUUCCGAAGCCCUCUUUUCAGGCUUCACUCCAAUCGGAACAGUUCACUUCUCCAUAGCCUUGAAAUAUUUCACAGUAUUACAGCUGUUAGACAGGGCAAGCAUGAUUCUUCUUACUGUGCUUUUCCCGUGCAUCAUUUCCACCUACUCAGCAUCUGUGAAAGGUAAGUUACUUAUUUAGAUAAUAUUUUGUUAUUUCCUUUGGUAAUUUUGAUGAAAAAGGGGGCAGUAAAGGGUGCCAAUCUGAGACUUUUUGUUUUUAGAUCAUAUUAAAUUUGCAUUAUGCUUAGAUCACCCAACUGUGGCUCGUGAGCCAUGUCAAGAGCAGCUUUUCUGUAGUUUGAAAAAGAAAGUGCCAAAGGCAUUUAUAUUAUCAGUGUAUUUGUCCCUCUCCGGUGGAGUCUGGAUCUGGGCUUCAAUUCUGUAGCCAUUAACAGGGAUCUAUAUGGAAAUGGUGUUAGGAAAGUGGCGCUGCCAUUGUAACCCCACUAACCUGAGAGUAAACCUGACUGAAUGCACUAUGAAUCCCUACUGAAUAGACAUGGUUAGGAUUGCAAUGUGCUUUUAUUAAUUUAGUCUGCAAUGUUAUACCCACUUACUUGUUAGGAGUGAGUCCCACUGAACCCAAUGGAGUUUAUUUCUGAAUGUAUAGGAAUGUAUUGUUCACCACAGUUCUUGAAUAACUGUGUAUAAUAGUUAUUAUAGUAAUAGAAAUAAUAGUUAUUAGCUGAAUAAAUAUUUAACACCCCCCCAAAAAAGCCAGUAUAAAAUUAAGCUGUUACAUAUCUUCGUAAAAAUAGUCUUCUUACAAAGAUUGGAGAUAAUACUCUGACACUAGACCAGAUGUUGCUUUUUAUGACUUCCAAAAGAUUAUUAUUAUGCUCAUGAUUAUGAAUUCAUCUGAAUCACUUUAUGGGAUUCAUAUCAAGAGUGCUCACCAUGUUUGUAUUGUCAAUCUGCCUUUGAAUAACAUUUAAGAAAAGAAAAGAAGACUCCAGUCCAUUUGGGCUUUGAAUCUGGCAGAGUUCUGAGGAUGGACUAUUCAAGAUUCACCUCUAAUUGUGUACUAUAACAAACCCCACCUGUCUUCUUCAGCUCUUCCAUGCUGCUGAAAAUCCUGAAGUAUCCUUUCAUAACAGUGAUGUGUAGGCAGUCUGCUGGCCCUUGCAAAUGGCAGGCUAAAUUGAUGGGAGUGCACUCAGGAUGACAGCUAUGUGAUAUGACACCUUUCUGUGACGUAGAGGAGGAUGAAACUCCACUUUUCCAAUGUCUAGGUAAACUCUAGGUCCAUAAGUGAAAUGAAAAAGUGGCUUGCUACCUUCUUACACAUGAGGUCAGCCAGGCCAUCCGUCUACAUAAAUACAAUGUGCACAGCUACAUAGCACAAGGACCAGAGUAAGAACUUCUAUGAGCUUUUACAGCCAGAAUGUCCCCUAGACUUUGAGACUAGAGAUCAGAACAUGAGUUGCAAUCAGUCCUCAAAGAGGAUUAGGAAGAUAUGCUGACUAGGUUCAAUUCUCAGGACAAAAUGGCUUUCGGUUUUCCAUGAAUGGUCGUUUAGUACAGAACGUUUAACGAUAAAAGAUGGGAGGAAAGAUAAUUAAUUUUGAUACUUUGUGUGAGGAUUUUUCUAGUCACCAUUUUGGUUCCAGGAAUUCUCAAAGGCCCAUGGGAUCUCUUCAGAAACCAUUUGGUGGAUCCCUUAGCCCAUGGGCACCUGUGUCAUAACCUGAUCCUGCCCCUAUUCAUACAGUUUCUGUAGUGUAGUGUCCCUGUCUAGCCUUCUGCUAUCUUUCUCGGUUCACCACUGGGAUUCGCAGUCCUAGACCCUUUCUACAUUCUUACUUUUGCCUCCACUUCUCCCCUGAGAUAAAGCUCUCCUUAUUCCCCCCUCCUCCUUUCUGCUUGUCUUUCUCAGUCCGUUCUCUUCAUUCUCCUUGUUUCCUUCUAGACCCCCCAGGCUCCCACUCCAGCUGCCUGGGGCCUUGUUUUGCAGUGUCUGCAGCCUCUGUUUUAUGAGACUUCUUCCUCCCCAUUUCUAAGCCUGUUCUGGUCAGCUUCUGGUCAGCCAAGCAGAUACUGUCACACUGUUGACUCUCAACACUUUGCUUUUACAAGGCUGCUUUCCGCUUGCUGCACAGAGAGAAGGUUGUUCACCCUGUUCUACAUGGGGUCGCACUGCUUGAAGGCUGACAUUCACAAAUCUUAGGGUGCUUAUUGACCCAACGUUGUCAUUAGAAGUUCACAUGACCUCUGUGGCUCAAAGUGUCUUUUAUCAGCUUUGGCUGAUAAAGGUCACUAGCUAUGACCAUAACUGAAUGGAGAUAGCUUGGCCACAAUUACCCAUGCUCUGGGAACCUCUCUUCUAGACUCUUGCAAUAUCACCCCCAAUCUCCACAACAGUGCAAUAUUCCCGAGAGAUCCAGGCUCUUGUCUGGGGUCUGUGUUUCAUUUUGGACAAUGAGGCAUAGCAGAGACUGUGGUGUCUUUUAGGACUGGGCGAUUUAUCGAUAUAUUGUCCAAAAGCAGUUUGAAGUCCAUAUUGUGAUAUCGGUUUCAUAGUUUUUGACCUGGCAAUAUAUUGCAAAUCAUGAUGUGUGUUAGGGCUGGGCAAUAUAUUUUCCAAAACCAGUUUCAAGUCCAUAUCAUGAUUUCGGUUUCAUAAUUUUUGACCUGGCAAUAUACUGUGAAUCAUGGCGUGUGUGUUGGGGGAGGGAUUGCUAUGCAAAAAUCACAAUGUGGGAAAACCGUGAAGCCAGUCAAUGCCUCAACAUAACUCCAUCGUUAUUUCAGACAUUGUGUGAUAUAUUGGUAUAUCGUGGUGUUUAGCUGGUGAUAUAUUGCCCAGAUAUUGCCCAGCCGUAGUGUCUUUAUGAUAUAUGGUUUAUUUACACGUAUGCACAACCUGAGCCUAGGAUAGGGGGGUGCACAGCAUUGCAUUCCAAAAGGGUCUUGCUUCUAUCAUAGGCACAGUCCUGGGUUCAAACAGGCAUGAGACAUCCUGCCUGUUGCCCCACAGCUUGCCUUGCUUUCCCACUCACAUAAAUCCUAACUUUUCAGUAGGCAGCUGCCUAGAUUGCAUUGCUGCUUACUGAUUCAUAAACCUUUUCCCUUAGAGCACACCAGGCAUACAAUACAGCAAUCCUGAAAUUGUACUACUUUCCUUUGUUCUUCUACGGAACCUUAAGCUCAGGGAGGGACUUCACCCAUCUUUCUGGCUGGCACAGAAUCAGCUUUGUUAAGCACCCAUCUCCCUGCACCCUUUGUUUGCUUAACCAUUAUCAGGCUGGCCUGGACAUGGGAAGCUGAGCCCAGCUAUUAAGGGUCUGGCUUCCAGUUUAGCUCUCUAAGCAUUGAUUAAAUUCUAGCACUUACUAAAUCCAGUCAGCCAGAAACUCUAGCUCUCAAAACCCCAUAACAGUGUUAUACACAGGGCUCCCUAUGUUUAACAGACUUUAUGAAAACAGGCUUCUCUCAUGAAUAGUGAGCAGUGGAAAGAACUGAAAAGGUCAUGGUUGUGCAUUGCUGCUUCUCUAUUUCACAUUAAGCACCAAAAAUAACCAGCUUUCUUUAAAUAUUUCUGACGUAUAACAGGGUUUAAUGUAUCUCUUCCUCUAAGAAAAGAUUCUGUCAGUUGCUGCCACAAGGCUCCUCCAUAAGCAUGUUUAUUUAGAAGCAAAUCCCAAGUUGAAGAGACAGAAAGUACUGUGCACAAGCUUUAUAUAGUUUACACAAACUUUAUGUAGUUAAGUGUAUUUAUAAAAAGGUCCCAUUGGAGCAAUGUGUGAGACAGCCAUACUCCCGUGUAUAAUCAACUAAGGACUGGAGUGGUUUGGUAACACUUCUUUCAUUUAAAAAAUGAAUGUUGUGCUGGUGGCCAAGACAGUGGUCCUCAUCCGCGUUACGUAAUGCCUCAUCAUGUUCUUUGUUUCUCUUGCUUCAACCACAAACAGAGCUCAAGCACCUAUUCCUGCCAGGCAAAAGCACCCAAAAAUAGUGCAAAGCAGGAACAAUAAGGGAGAAUGUAAUCUCUCAUACCUGCAUGCUGCUUCUGUGGACAGCUAUAAUACUGCUCAAGUAUAGUGGAUUUUGGUGGUGUCAUAGGCGCCUCUACCCUAUGAGCCAAUUUGAUUCCCUCCCUCCCUCUCUUUCUUUUUUCUUUUCCUUCUCCUCCUGCGAUGAGGCUACAUUUUAAUAUUUUAAUGUUCCAUUAUUUUAAUGUUGUAUUUUAUUUUUGUUUUUAAGUUGUAAUCAUUCAUCUUGUUUUUAUUAUUGCUUGUAAGCCGCUCUGAGCCCGGCCUUGGCUGGGGAGGGCGGGGUAUAAAUAAAUAAUAAUAAUAAUAAUUAUUAUUAUUAUUAUUACCCACACCUGUGACAAGCCCCAUCGGGCAUUCUUGCAGCCUGCUGCAGGUGUGGGAAAGCAUGGCAAGGCUUGCUGCAGCGAGGCCAGGACACACAAGGUUGGGAGGGGCGCUUAGUAGUUUCCCAAUUUGGGGGAGGGAGCCUAAGGUCCCCUCAGCCACAGGGAGUUGGCACCUAUGGGUGGUGUGGUCAGAUGAGGGCUGCCAUCUUAAACCUUCCUUCAUCUAGGUAAGUGCUUCACGAAAUUCCAUGCUUAAAAAAAUCCCUGAAUUGCAACAAGUGACGCUGAAGCCCAUCAGAAGGGAUUUUUCUUUCUGUUUUUUCUAAAUCCCACUACAGUGGUACCUUGGGUUACAGACACUUCAGGUUACAGAUGCUUCAGGUUACAGACUCCGCUAACCCAGAAAUAGUACCUCGGGUUAAGAACUUUGCUUCAGGAUGAGAACAGAAAUCGCAUGGUGGCAGCGGGAGGCCCCAUUAGUGAAAGUGGUACCUCAGGUUAAGAACAGUUUCAGGUUAAGAACGGACCUCCAGAAUGAAUUAAGUUCUUAACCCGAGGUACCACUGUAGUUCCUUUCAGCCUGAAAGGUUCUACACUUAGGCAGGAAUAACCAGCUGCACCAAUAUAAGGUGGGGGACACUUGGCUUACCAGCAAUACAUGAUUAAAAGGAUCUAGGAGGCUUAGUAGACCACAACAUGAGUCAACAAUGUGAUGCUGCAGCAAAAAAGAGCUAAUACUGUUCCAGGCUGCAUCAAUAGAAGUCUAGUCUCUAGAUCAAGUUCCACUCUAUUCUUCCUUGGUCAGACCACACCUGGGAUACUGUGUCCAGUUCUAGGUGCCACAGUUUAAGAAGGAUACUGACAAAGCUGGAACAUGUGCAGAAGAUAGUGACCAAGAUGAUAAAGGGUCUGGAAAGCAAGCCUUAUGAGGAAUGGUUGAGGGAGCUUGGUAUGUUUAGCCUGGAAAAGAAGAGACUAAGAGAAGAUGUGACAGCCAUGUUCAUAUAUCUGAAGGGCUGUCACAUGGAGCAAGGUUUUUUUCUCCCACUCUGGAGGGUAGGACAUGAACCAGUGGCUUCAAGUUACGAAAAAGGAGAUUCCAACUAAACAUUCGAAAAAAACUUUCUGACACUAAGAGCUGUUCGACAGUGGAACAGACUCCUUUGGGAGGUUUUGCACUCUCCCUCCUUGGAGGUUUAUAAGCAGAGGUUGGAUGGCCAUCUGUUAUGUAUGCUUUCGUUGAGUAGCAAACCUAGUCAUUCCCAAACAACUAUGAUGACAGAAUACAUUGUCUGCAUCCCUUAAGAACAAAGCAAGCUGUCUUUUACUGAAGCCAAGCCAUUGGUCCAUCAAGCUCAAUGUUUCGUACACCAGGAAUGGUCAACCUUUUCAGACCUAGGACUCACUUUUAAGCCAAACAUGCAUUUGGAGACCCAAUUCUUAAUCUGUUAGUUGCAUCUAUUUACAUAGUUGCUGUGCUCCUGUUGUGACCCACCUUCCCAGGUAUUGAACCUGGGAACUUCUGCAUGCAAAGCAAGCUCUCUGCCACUGAGCUACAGCCCUUACCAGGGCGGGAUUUAGGUUUGAUGAGGCCCUAAGCUACUGAAGGUAAUGGGGCCCUUUAUAUGUCUAGCUGUACUUUGUCAACAACAAAUUGUCACUGAUUUUUGUGUUGAAUAUUUGCUAUAUGGUAAUUGGUGGACCUAUUAGGUAUCUAAAGCCACUUGCACAUAACAAAUAGGAGCCUACACAACACAAAACACUGUUGCUGUAUGCAGGUUUUAUUUUAUUUGCUUUUUAUCUUAUAUUUUGGAAAUGUACAUCCAGGUGGUUUUUUCCUUUAAAUUUUUUUGGGGCCCCCAAGAGAGUGGGGCCCUAAGCUAUAGUUUAUAUAGCUUAUACGUAAAUCCGGCACUGGCCCUUCCCUUUGUCCACAUUAGCUGUCUCUUUGCUCUGCUGCAAUCUUCAGUUAGAAGCAGUUGCACUGAACUCAGGUCACAGAGAGCAACCUCUUCCUGUGUGUUGCCUAGGCAACCAGACAAAGCAAGAUGCUAGCUUUCACAUAACUCUGUCCUUAACACCCAGUGUGCUCAGGCAAGCACUCUCUUCUUUUUUGCUGAAAAGAACCAGACAGAUAGUGAAGACUUCUCUAAACAAAGAAUAAUUAGGUUUGAUAAAUUCUAUGCAGGUGGCGCUGCGGGUUAAACCACAGAGCCUAGGGCUUGCCGAUCAAAAGGUCGGCAGUUCAAAUCCCCGCGACGGGGUGAGCUCCCAUUGCUUGAUCCCUGCUCCUGCCAACUUAGCAGUUUGAAAGCACGUCAAAGUGCAAUUAGAUAAAUAGGUAAACCAGCGGGAAGGUAAACGGCGUUUCCAUGUGCUGCUCUGGUUCACCAGAAGCAGCUUAGUCAUGCUGGCCACAUGACCCGGAAGCUGUACCCCGGCUCCCUUGGCCAAUAAAGCGAGAUGAGGGCCGCAACCCCAGAGUCAUCCACGACUGGACCUAAUGGUCAGGGGUCCCCUUACCUUUACCUUUACUUGAGUAGAAACACUGGCCUCCCCAAUCCUCACAUACAGGCAAACCAUGUUUUUGCUGGGUUAAUUUUCUUGCACAUUGAGGUUGCUUGUUUGCCCUCUCCCUUGAGUUCUGAGAAGGGCUUUGAAAUAUUUCUGCUACCCCUACACCCAAGGAAUCAAGGGCACCAGGCAUAUUCUGCCCAGUUCCAAGUCUUCUUAGGGUGGGAUCACAAUGUCUUUAUCCUGAAUCACCUGCCCCAUAAACUAGAAAAGUAUCAGCUUUAAUUGUUGAAUCAAACACAUAUUCCUGGUAACCUAAGAAAUCUUCCAGUAGGAGGCCUUAGGAGGUUAUCAAGAAGAUGGCAAUCUGAAUAAUCUGAUGGUUAGUGUCAGAACUGGGCCAAGAUUAACCUUUCUUUUUAUUUUGUAUUUAUAUUUAUUAAAUUUGUAUAGCACUCUUCAUCUGGUUCACACAUUAAAAAUAUAAGAUAAAAACAACAAAACAAAACCAUAAUAAAAUUAAGAACCCCACCCCCAACCAAUAAACCUUCCUCCAAACCCCCAUAUUUCUUCAGGAAAUCCGGUUUCAUCUGCUUGGAAAUAUUCCAUCAGAUUAUAAAUAUGCAUUGCUCGCUACACAUUAAUAUUAUUUUCUAAUAAAGCUGCUUUUUUGAUUCGCUGAGAUUACAGCAAAUUAUGAGUUGUUACCAAGCAAUGCAUUUUAAUAGUAUUUUCUAAUAAAUAGCUUGCUGCUUUUUUUAUCUUUUUAGAAAAAAAAUUCUAAAUUUACAAGAGCCAGUGCAAGCUUACGAUCUAACCCAAGCCAGCUAGUGGUUAGCACAUGUUGUGCAUGCCGAGAGUACUAAUAUAAGGCACAGGCCCUGACAGCUGUCCCAAUUCAGGCAGCAUAACUUUGUGUAUUAUACGACAGUAUCAUGAUUUAAUUAUAGACAGCCGUAAUGGCAGACACUAGGGUUGCAAGUCAAGCUGUAUAUCUACCCACUCCUUCCUGCAAGAACCCAGAGGCACACUUGACCCUAAGUCAGUAUAUCAAAUACUGUACUAAAGUCCAGGUCUGGCACUAUUUAAGGAGAUGGGAACCCAAAGGGCAUAUGAUUGCCCUUCUGCAAAUAUAUCAGAAGGGGGGCAACAAAAUCAAAAGGGAAAGCAGCUUGGGUUAAGUAAGUUCUUUUGAAUGUUAAGAAUGGAUGGCUACGAAGAGGACAUUUGCACACUGACUUUUAAUUGUGCAUUAAAACUGGGAACCAUUUUGGAAGACCAAAUUUCCACGUGUUUCGAGGGAAAACUGGAAGGCAGCACUUCUGAGAGAAAUUACUAAUGUGAAAUACUAAUCCUAGAAUUGCAAACCCUCUGACAUUUUUCUGAUGAAAAUAGGGAUGUCCUAUAUUAUUAUUAUUAUUAUUUUGCUGUUUAUACACCACCCAUCUGAUUGGGUUGCCCCAGCCACUCUGAGCGGCUUCCAACAUAUAUAGAAACAUAACAAAACAUUAAACAUUAAACAACUUCCCUAUACAGGGCUGCCUUCAGAUGGGUCGGGGCUCAGAGAACUCCAUACCCUCCAACAUUUCUCCGAUGAAAAUAGGGAUGUCCUAAGGAAAAGGGGUACAUUCUAGGAUCAAUUCCAAAACUGGGACAGCUUCUGUAAAUCCGGGACUCUCCCUAGAAAACAGGGACAUUUGGAGGGUCUGGAAUUAUAGAAUUGGAAAGGACCCGGAAGACCAACUUGUCCAAUCCCCUGCCAUGCAGGGAUAUGCAGCUGUCUCGUACGGGGAUCGAACCUGCAACCUUGGCAAUAUCAGCACCACACUCAAACCAACUAAGGUUGCCUGGCUGGCAAACCAGAGAGUCCGUCUGACUUUUAAGUUUUCUGCUGCGCUGGGAGAAGAAGCCAAUGUGGUGGUGUCAGUAAUAAGAGAAGCUGCUGAUACAGUGACUCAUGGUGGGCCCUGCUGGCCAGUCAACAGCUGUGUGCUUGUACAUUGCUGCCUCAGCUCCCCCACCCCUGCCCCAUGGCCAUCUCUUGAAGUCUUCUGCUGUAAAGGUGGCUGGGGGCUUCCCCACCCAGUAGCCAAAAACUACCCCCCACUCCACCUUUAGCGGGGGACUUGGAAGGUAAAACGUUCUCCAAGUUGCCAGACUAAUAAUAAGGGAGUGUUUUUGAGCACUCAAAGAGUCUUGUAUCUUCAUCUAGCACUCUGGACUUAGGGACAGGCAUGUCCAGGCUUGUGGAGGGCAUGACUCAGAGAGAGGCAGGCUGGUGCGUCAUCUCUCAUUUUUAAGCAAAGCUUUAGGGAGAAGAGCAUGAGACAGGCAGUUUGGAUUUAUGUUGGUCACUGACCCUGUGCUUUCCACUUUUCUUUCCCCACCCUCACAGGCCACAAUACUGGUCCACGAAUAAACAAUGACAAGUUAUAUAAGUUCACCUACUCCACAGAUGUGCUUCUAGACAGGGUGAAAGGCUCAUCCCUGGAGAGCGCGGGCUACCGAAUUUCAUGUGGCGUGGAUGUCAACUUAGUAUGGAGAAAUCCUGAUAAUGAUGACGAUCAGCUGAUUAAAAUUGCGGUAGGCAAGCAGUGGACGCAAAAGGACGAAUUUAAUGUGUUUUCUGCCAGUUGGUUUAAGUAAGAAAAGUGAACCCCAUGUAUAACGUGGGAGGCAGAGUUAAAAUUGAGUUAAUUUUUUCGCUCGUGUAAACAGUAAAUACAUGCUGCAUUUAAGUAACUUAAGAUACAGUCUUAAGCAUUCAGGGUUGCACUGCUAAGUUUACAUAAAUGGAAGUAUGGCCCAGUAUAUUCAAUAAGUUACUGGUUCCCACCCCAAUCACCGAGGGUCUUAAUAAUGGUGCGCUAGAGGUUGCAUGCUUUUUAAUUGCAUUUUAUUUCUUCUUUUCUUUCUGAUAUAUUUUAUUAUAUUGCAGUUGGGAUUCCAUAGACUGUAGUACAGUAAAAUACAACAUAAGAGAAAAAAAGAAGCAAUGGAACACAAUUAAAAACCAGUUUGAAUAUUUUAUGCAAUAGAUGUGCCGUCUCCCAUCUUCAACCACAAAUAGACAGGCACACCAUGGACCGCUGGUGGUCUGUGAAUCACAGUUUGGAUACCCCGGCUUACGCUUCCAGUAGGCAGAGUCAGGUGGCUGCCAUAGACAGGAGAUGGUGGGGGUGGAGGGCAGAGAAUGAUGGCAGGGUAUUGGAAUUACUGAGAAUUACCACCCUUAGUCUGCUGCCCUCAGGUAAAGGAUGCUGUUACACUGCCGGUGUUGAAGUAAGAGUCAAUUGCCAGGCUGUUUGGCUGGUAGAAUUGAUGGGGGAGAAAAUCCUGUCCUUUGCCUCAGGCGGUAAAUUGUCUUGGGCCAGACCCAGAUCAACGAGAUAUACUCCCAGAUGAGCACAUUUAACUGUGAUGCCCUUAACACAAGGUACUCUUGGAAUGGAAGUUUGAUGAGACACCCAGAGAUCUUAAUGGGAGAAUUUCCAGUGCCUGAAAUUUCCAGCGCACCAAAGUCAGAUGUGGGGCCACUGGACAUGAUCACACCCUCCCAUUCCAUGUACAGUAUCCACAUGCACAGUAGAAGAUGUGAAAGGGCAUAAAGGGUGUCUUAUUAUAUGGAAGACCACAUGUACACAGUUGUGUGCAGGUACGUCUUUCACAUCUUCUGCUGAAUGUUCAGAGGCUAAGGUGGGGGCUAUAGAAAUAUGAAGGCCAGUCAUGGGGUCACUGGGCACAAUGCUAUUUUCUCCUCCCUAGAGUGCUUUGUAUACCCCUAGAAGGAAGGUAUGAUCCUGUGUAUGGGUCAUAACUUAGAAGUACGCUUUGUGUGAAUAAGACUCCAGGUUCUGUCCCUAGUAUUUCUAAUUAAACAUAUCUCUGGCAAUAUUAGAAUCCAAAAGAUAUCUGAAUAGGCCUUAGUGGGCCUUAUCCAACGUUAGUCAUACUCCUCAUAGACCUAUUGAAAUUAGUGGAUAUGACCAACUUGGCUCCAUUCAUUUCAGUGUGUUUGCACUGAGUAGAAACCAGUUGGAUACAAUUCAAUGUUAGAAGAACAGCCUGUGGCAACAGUAAUAUAAAUUCCACAUAGUACAUUGGAUUACCGCAGAAUAUGCAUACUGAAAGUAAAUUGGAGUGGGUGAGGUGAAAAUCUCAGUAGGUAAUCUUCCCCUGUCAGCAGAGGUGCCAAGCUGCCCCCAAGAUUGAGGGGGCCAGCCUGCGUUGUGUGUGUGUGACAUCAGGCAUGCAGUGCGCAUGUGUUGUUGUGUCGUCUGGAGGAGGUUGAGUGCUCUGGAUGAGCCGGCCACUGAAGCUGUGCCACACUCAGCUCUGUGCUCAGCCUCUUCCACCACUGUGACUGCCUGUCAGGUAAGUGUAGGUGUCUUCAUUCUGCCUUUCCCAUUUGCUUUUUCAGAUUACAGAUGCAAAACUUGAAAACGUGCAUGAGCGUCCAAAAAAGAAAAACAUUUUCGAAGGAAAAAAUACAGCUGCAGUCAUUGGAAAAGAGCACCUGGCAGCUUUAAAAAGGCCUGUAGUUCUGCAGUGGACUCGUGGAAAGGUAAGGAGUGAGAAGACUUUAUUUCACAGUCCCUGUCCAUUCCUUGAACAUAUUUACACAUAAUCUCUUCACUUCUUGAUAUACAGUGGUACCUUGGGUUACAGACGCUUCAGGUUACAGACGCUUCAGGUUACAAACUCCGCUAACCCAGAAAUAGUACAUUGGGUUAAGAACUUUGCUUCAGGAUGAGAACAGAAAUUGUGUGGCGGUGGCGCAGUGGCAAUGACAGGCCCCAUUAGUGAAAGUGGUACCUCAGGUUAAGAACAGUUUCAGGUUAAGAACGGACCUCCAGAACGAAUUGAGUUCUUAACCAGAUGUACCACUGUAUUGUGUUAGGAAAAGUGUAGGCUCCAAGGCUUAUUAGCCAACGCUGUGUCAUAACUUGUGAUGUUGCUUUAAUGAUGGAAGUUGAAUCAAGUGUUAGGCAGCUGCAGCAGCAAGUGGAAAGAUCACAGGUCAGGGGUGAGAUAAGGCAGGGCUUGAGGUGACUCUCCUCCAAUGCUUUUUUUUCUAAAAAAUAAUGUUUAGGCGUACUCUCAUUUUCCUACUCAUAUUGAAAUACAGCCCCUCAAUGAGGCCAAACUUAGAUUCACAAAAUGUUUAGGGGUAUGCGUACCCCCUGCAUCCCCCCAGAAAGAAAACACUGCUUGCCCGCCUCUAUACCUGGUUUUAAGCAGCACAGGAAAAUAGAUUUUUCCCACCUGUAUCACAUAGGAUAUUGCUUCACUAUGAUGACACAAAACACUGCUGUCACAAUGGUGUAAAUCUUUAGCAGUCGGAUGCCCAAAAUAGAUAACAGACUUUCUUGAUGUCAUCGUUUUUAGAGGUAGAAAAGCCCUUUUCUUAAGCACUAGCUAAAGGUGCAAAGUCUUGAUUUAAGUUCAGAUGUAGCAGGACUGUCUGGCAGGUCGAAGUUCACUGUGUUUUCGACACGUCUCCAUGCCGUUGAUUUGGUUACUGUUCAUUUUUGCCUGAUGAGGUUAAAGUACAAGAUAUACGUUAUCUUGAAAUUCUGCUGGGGUAGUAAGAGAGGGAUGACUAUAAAACGUGAGAGCAUUCUAUAUCGUUUCCCCAAGACUAUAGCACUUUUCACACAACUAUUAUAAGGGUUCUAAAGUUAUGGACAGUGGAUGCUGCCUUGCACCAGGUCAGAGUCAUCCGUCUAGCCCAGAAUGUCUACUCUGACCAUCAGCAGCUCUUCAGGGUUCAGACAGAGGCCAUUCCAUCAUCGGAACCUUUUUAGAUUGGAGAUGUCAAAGAUGGUACCUAGGAUUUCCUGUACGCAAAAGUAUGUACUGUGAGAAAACCAAGCAUUUAUUCCCCCAUAUGUACACAACUGUCUAAAGAUUUUUUCAUGUCACAACUGUCUAAAGAUUUUUUCAUGUCAUCAGGCCUGAGUUCUGGAUGACAAUUUUCAGGUGAAAAAAAUAUUCCACGUUGUUGUUUUCCCUCUUCACUCAGGUUAAGAACUUCUACUCCUACGAAAAUGAACCUGCUGUUAUUCAGAAUCUCAAGAGAGGCCUGGCUAGCUUGUUUCAGAUACAGAUGAACUCUGGGACUGUCAAUGAGGUACUGCAUCAUGUUAUGCAAGCUGCACAAUCUCUCAAAUGUUCACUGCUAGUAUGAAAUGUAUUUGACUUUGCACACAAUACAGAAGCAAAUGUGUUAUUGAAUCAAAGAGCUAACUGUAAGGCAGUUAAUAACCUCUGCCUAAGGCCCAGUCACAUCACCCUCGGAAAUGCCACUCAGCAACAUGUGAACAAGUGCAUGGUUGAUGGUUUUAGUUCCUUAAUUUUCGUAUGUGUGUGUGAAGUUUUAAGACCCAUAUGGAUUUUAUUGUACUGGUGUCAAUAUCAUGUCUACAUUGGCCCUGACACUCUGGCCCAGAGGCUUUUAGGUAUUCCAAUGUGAUAACGCCUUUGCCAUUUUUUUUAUUGAUUAUUAUUUAAAUUUUCUAGGUGGAUAUUUCCGGCAAAUGCGAUGUUACUUACCGGGCUCAGGAAAAUGAAAUCACUAAAAUUAAAGCCUUGAAAUCUUGUAAAUUAGAACGGACAGGAUUUACCAGCCACAGUCAGGUAUAGUAUGGAUAAUAUCUUCAACACAUACUGUAGGCAUGCGCAGAAGCACUGAAUCAUGCUUUGUGCAUGUGCAGAAGUGCCAAAUCGUGUGACAUGCGUGCGCAGAUGUGGCGCUGCAGGUUAUGAAUGCUGCAGGUUGCGGACGUUCCUCUGUCACGGAUUACGUUCGCAACCCGAGAUUCCACUGUACAUGUUUCAGACCAUUGGUUCAAUGCAAUUUCUAACUAAGCAGUGCGUACUAAAAUGCAGAUACUGGGACAAAAUAUGCAUAACAUUGAAUAUACUAGUGAAAACAACAUAUGGAAAUGCAUUAUAUUAGGGGAAAUCGCAUGCAAAGAUGUGUACAUUAGAAUAAAUUUGGACUAAAAUGAGGAUUUUUUUAAAAAAUAGCAAACCUGUGUGUAUAUCUGGGGACCCUGGCCUAAUCACAAUUGUUCAUAAAGUCAUUACACAUGCAACUAUACUGUAAUUAUAAUCAUUACACAUACAACCAUACUGUAGUACAUAUCUAGCAUACCAUAGCUAUGUUUUGGCAUGUUUUGCGCUGACUUUGUUUCUGCAUUUCCUGGUCCUAACAAAAUUAUAUUUCAGCUCUUUGACAUCAGCCAAAAAUCAGUUUCUGCCACAACGUAUGUGCUGGAGGACACUUUUAUUAAAUCAGUGCGAGCAGAAGAAAAUCACAUUUUGAACGUGAAUAUUCAGCGAGCAAUUGAUGUGAAAGUAGUUUCGAAGUAAGCUGGCUUGUUUAACUAUUUUGCAGAACAUUUUUAGUGGCGAAAUGAUAUGUUUCAUAACCUGCUACCCUUUGCUGCCAUCCCAAGCGCCGUGAAUUAAAGCAAAUACAUCAGUACUUUGAAAAUUAUUUAGUAUUGUGUGGAAGUUAAGAGUUGUUGUUGUUGUUUAGUCAUGUCCGACUCUUUGUGACCCCCAUGGACCUAAUUUGAUCAUUGCUUUCAUCAGUCUGUUGCAUUUCUUCCAUUUCCUCAAUCAUUGGCAGCAAAUGUCAUAAUCCAUGUUACAAUUUAAAGAGCCAUGUGAUCUUGGAGUCAAUGAGUCCCCCCCCCACCCGCCACACUUUAAACUGAGUUUCUUGGACUGCUGCAGCUGAACCCAGUGUCUAAAUGCUUACUUGUAUGGUGUGGCCUGUCACUGAAUAUAGAAACAGUCUGCUUAUUGCCAUCACUUGGCUAUAGAAAGCUUAGAAUGUGAAAGUCUUUAAGUCCCUACUUACACAUGGUGACAUGAAGUAAUGCAUACAGUAAUAAUUACAAGCUACUGUUUGGGAUGGAAUUGGGGAUAUAUAUUAAGGUGGCCAUCUGCAGAAAAGCCAGGGCUUUUGAACCUUUAAUAGCUUGCAUGAUACAUUAUGCCUACUGAAAUUCCCUCUUCUACACAACUAUUAGCACAGCUAUUAAAGGUAGAGAAGUCUGGCUACCUGGAUAUGUCUUCAAGUUGCAACCAAGAUGUAAAGCUCUGUUUCAAUAUGUGUACCUAACAGGCAGAAACUGGAACUGAAGUCAACGGAAGCUGGCCCAAGAGUGAUGGCUGGGAAGCAAGUUGCUAAGAUUAUUAAGGCUCUGGAUUCAAAUUACGUUGCAAUUUCACUUGCAGCAGAGCCUGUCUCGGAUGAAUGUAAAAGUUGCCCCACAGUAAGUAAAUAAAAGAGCAAGUUGUGCAUGCCUUAAGUUCAAGUUCAUAAGUAAAAGCACUCCUUGAAAAGAAAUUACUGUUUACCAAGAUGUUAGUGAGAUAUUAGAUUUGUAAUUAUCGAACACAGACAUUUUCGGAUUUAUCGAAUAUUCUACAGCAACUUGGCUGACCUCAUGACACCGCAGCAACACAUUAAGGCAUGUUACAUUGUUUUAUCAGUCAGUGUUAUCUGCCUUAAUUACUGUUAGAAUCAGGUCUCACAAAUGUUAUGCUUGCUACUAAUAUGCAUUUUUAAUGGGGCGAGAAAUGUACCCAUCUGUGAAUGCCAAAGCUGUGAUACAGCACAGCUGAACUGUGGUAUAAUAUUUGAAAGAUCUUGUGGAAGAAAUGGCUGUAAUUCUAAAGAGCCAUCCCUGAUCCCAUUGAAGUCUUAAUUGGGCUGUGUUUGACCUGAAUGCCAGGUCAAUAAGGGCUUACACACAAUGUUGAGUAUGUCAUCUGUAAAGGUAAAGGUAACCCUGACCAUUAGGUCCAGUCAUGACCGACUCUGGGGUUGCAGUGCUCAUCUCGCUUUAUUGGCUGAGGGAGCCGGCGUACAGCUUCCGGGUCAUAUGGCCAGCAUGACUAAGCCGCUUCUGGCGAACCAGAGCAGCACACGGAAACGCCGUUUACCUUCCCGCCAGAGCGGUACCUAUUUAUCUACUUGCACUUUGACGUGCUUUCAAACUGCUAGGUUGGCAGGAGCAGGGACCGAGCAAUGGGAGCUCACCCCGUCAUCUGUAGUGCUGUGUAAAGUUUUUUUUUUUUGUACUGAGGGGGGGAGGUCCAUUAUGAAUCAGAACCACUUGACCACAUAACAUAAAGAGGGAAAUUUUUAACCUUCUCCCUUACCUGCCAUAAUCCCAACAAAAUUCCUCUUGUGCUGUCAUCAGCAACAGAAAAACACGUACCUCUUAUUGGCACCAAUGUUUCCCAAUUGUUGUGUUAAGAGCUGCUUUAUUACUGUUGGAAAGCUGUUAUUGUAAGCAGCCCUGUGCUUCAUGCAGGGAGGGGAUUUGAUUAGGUUAUUUGACAAAUAUUGUUGUAGUGUGUCUUUUGCAGUCAGCUGCAUGCUUCGUUUGCUGUUUAAAACUUUGAAAAAGCUGAACCAAGGUAUUGUUAAUUAAGUAGAAGAGGCCUUCUCCUUGUCCUUGUUGCUUUCUUGGUGACUUCUGUGGCCGCUGGUACCUUCUGUUCAAUUGUUCUGUCUAGCAGAAGCCAUUUAGAUCUAUAAUUACAGCCAUACUCAUCUGGGGGCCUUACAGAGGGCUGUAAGGGGAAGGGGGUGUCAGAUUGUUAUGGUAAACCUAAAGGAGCUCUUCCUAUUAGCUCUGCUCUCUCACUGGUUACUGUAUUUUACUGUAAGUGCUAUGAAAAGAUUGGGGUUAUAAAUAGAGUAUGGUAUUUAGAGGGACAAUAAUAGUAUCCAGCAGUUGCAUAUCUCAAUGCGUAUAUUAAUAUCACUCUGUUAUGGCAUGUAGCACAGCCUUACAUAUACCAAAGUCCCACAUUUUUUUUUUAAAUGAUAUUUAUUGAAAGAAUUUUUUUUAAAGUUACAAAAGAAAACAAAGUAGAAAAAGAGAAAAACAAGCCACUUCCAACCAUACAAAUACACAAAAUAAGAGAGAAAAAAACAAAAAUACACCACAAAAAUUUAAAAACAUUUAAAAACAAAUCCAUUAUUCUCAACUCCUCAACUGUCAUUACCCUCUUUCCUUGACCUCCUCCUCCUCCCCUUCCUUGUGUCCUGGUUGUUAAUUGUCACAGCAAAUCCUUUCCAUAUUUCAUAAUAUUCUGUCAUUACAUUACCUUAAACUAUUUUAAUCUUAUCUUACUAUAAAAACCUUGGAACUUAAAACUUAAAUCUUAUUUUUACCAACUUCUCAUAACCAUAAUAUUCUUACAUAAUUCUUUAAACAUUUUUACUAAAGCCAAAUAAUUUCAUUCCAACAUUUUUCUAACAUUCAUCAAUUUUAUAAAACAGUCCUAGUAAUGAAAAAAUAAAAUAAAAACAAAUCCAAUCUUCAUCCAGCGUCCCUUCCUCCUGGUCCUGGGUUUGUCAGUCCUUAUUAUCCCAUCGAUCUGGCGCAUUAACCUGGUGACCUUAUAUCCGAGGCCCUUAAGUCUCUUCCAUGUCCCUUCCGCAGCUCUUCUUCAUAUUUGUAACUGUAUUUUCCCUUGUCUCCUGCUCGUUUCACUCGUGGGAACUCCAGCUUAGCAAUAUUUUUGACCCUUCUCGACAGAUCAGCCCCUUUUCCAUAAUCGACACUAAAUUCCAUGUGGUAUUUAAAAACAUGUUUCAAAACCCUCCAAAAUUGAGAGCCCCCACAAUCCCAAACAUCUCACGGCCCAUUGCCAGACUUGAAAAGUCCAAACAUCCCUGCAUAGGAGGGUCUAUCCAACCCCCCAUUUCCAAACCAAACCAAACUUUUUCUUUCCAAAUCUGGCUUUUUCCAAGUUCAUUUGUCAAAUCCAAAGCUCAUAUUCCUGUUGGGCCUGUUCUGUCAGGGCACACUCCUGAUUUAAUUCCUGGGUGGGCUCCACAUAUUUUCCCACUGCCUGUUCAAAAUUUCCCACUGCCUGUUCAAAAUUUCUAAUCGAAUCAGCCAUCAAAUUCGUCUUCUCAUGUAGCUGUUCCAGUAGGGCAUUUGUUUUAUAGAAAGCACACAACAGAGCUUCUGAAUACAUUGUCCUGCAAGGUCAGAUGUCUAUUCCCACGAUUGUAAUCUGUAACAGCUGCCAGCUCCCAGGAGUUGGUUACAGUUUCACAGUCUCCCUCUAGGGGGAAAACUUCUAUUUGAUCUUUCUUUUAAAGACAAGUCUAGCAACAGAGUUUCCUUUUUUCAGAUAUUUUGUCAAUAUUUGUUCCUUUAAGGUGCGAAAGGAAACAAUGGAAUCACUAUGUUCCUCUUCUUUUAGCUAUCUGUCAAAAGCGUUUAUCUCUGGUCAAUGAGCUUCAAACGUCAGUCCUGACACCCCGCUCCAGGAUCAGGACGGUGGAAAGUUACUUUACUUUAAACUCACUUCUGCAGGUUUAAACAGUCCAAAAAAAGAUCCCCCUUCUUCUCCUGCUGCCGAAGGGGGGUUCAACAAUUUUAAAUGAUGAAAGCCAAUCCUUUAGAGGCGAUUUUCUGAGCUCUAGUUUACGUUGUCUUUGCUUUAUUCUGUCUACAAAGAAACGGAAGGCUGACUUCCUGUUUAGACCUUCCCGUUUCAGUACCAAAUUGAAGUAAAAUUUUAAUGUCCAAUUCCUUUCUGCUCGCAAGUCCUUAUUUAAAGUCCAAUUGUUCAAAGUUUAAGUACUCACGGGUGCUUAUUUUAGAAGCCAAAUUGUCCCAGGAAAAGGCAGCGCUCUCCGGAAACGGCUUUGCUGCUUCGAUCCACGUAAAUAGAAGUUGACUCACAGCACCGCGCCGCUUCCCCUCUUCGCUCGGAGCCCGUUCGUGGGUUCCUUUGCGGGUUGGGGGGGCGCUAAGGGUGCCUGCCGAGUCCCAUGGUCACAGGCUUCAUCCGCCUGUGAUUUUUAAAAGGGUCCCCGCUUCGCCGUAGCGGAAAAGACCCGUUUCGCGCGGAGCUAGUCCCUCCAGUUCAGAGGGAGUCCGCCAUUGCCGAUGGCGCCACCCUGGAAGUCCCCAAAGUCCCACAUCUUGCCUCUUUGUCAGCGUUUCUUAAAUGUUUUGAAGCCUGCUCCAAUUCCACCCUGCUUCUGAGUGUAUUCUACUUUACGAGAUCCCAGUAUAAGAUGAGAUUCAGAGAGGUGCAUGUGGAACGCCCCAUGAACAUGAGGGCUUUGAAGAACCUACCUUGCCUUUGCAGAUCCUUGGUCCUUCCAAGUGUUUCAUUGGAAACUUAGAAAGUCACUGCCUCUGAGUCCUUCCAGACUCAGCAAAGGAAAAGCAAUCACACAGUCACAAAGCAACCAGCAAGGGAAAGAGUGUGAGAGCAGGGCUGGAUCUAGACACGUCAAAGAAGUGAUUCAGUUAAACACACUGCAGACUCAUACAGGGAAAUUUGGUAGGGAAAGACAGAGCUCCACAGUGCCAUCUGGUGCCACAGUGUUAUAUCACAUAUACAACACAUGUAAAACACUUUUUCUUUACGAGCCCAGCUGAGUCCCAGGACAAUUUUCUCCCUUUCCCUGCACCACUCGAUUCAAGGAAGCAGGUUAGGAUCAUAGCAUUUGCUUUUUUUUAUAAGAUAUUUAUUAGGAUUUUUAAAAUAUUACAAUAAAAAAUGAAAAAGAAAAACAGCAACAAAAUAAAAAUGAUUAAAAACACUCAGAUUUUCUAUUACUUAUUUUUCCUUAGCUUGUUUCCCGGACCUCCUCAUACCUCCCUUUUUUGUAUUCCAGUUCAGUUUGUUGGUUCAGCAAAUCCUUACCCUCUUUAUUUAUCCUAAUCUUUAGUCUUAAAAUAGUAACUUUAGAUUUUUAUCUCUUAACAACCCAUUUUUCAUAAUCCCUUAAAGCAUUACAGCUGGAAACCACUUAAUUUCUAUCCUACAUCGUUCUAACAUUCAUUAAUUUUACAGUAUUUCUGUAGAUAAUCUUUGAACUUCUUCCAAUCUUCUUCCACCGACUCAGGAUCAUAGCAUUUGCUUUCUGAAGCCAGCUAAAUCUGCUUAUACCUUUUCAAAAGCAAUGAACUUAUGAAUGCAUGAAACUGUUAUGUACAGUCAGACUACUGACCCAUCUAGUCCAAUAUUGUCUAUUCUGAUUGGCAGGGUCAAAGGCAGAGGUCUUUAAAAUAAUAAUAAUAACAAAACCCUGCUACCUGUUCCUUUUAUCAAGCUGACUUUUGGUUCGAACUGAUAGAGCAUGGCAUCUUAUAGGAUUCGAUUUGAGUAUCCUGACAGCAAACAAAACAACAGCUGGUAGCCUCACAUAAUUUCUGGGCCAGAUCCACUCCCACCAUACUGUUUCUCAGCUGGUGACUGCAGAAACUUGCUUGAGGCAUUGGGGAUGUGGAAGGAAAGGAGUUUGGCUGCCCCCACAGUGUUCCUAUAAUCCAAAGACCACUUGCAUCAAAGAAAAUCAGUGGAACUGUGUGUCAGCCUUUACUUGGAAUAAGGCAAGGGUGUGUCCACAGCAGGGAGCCAAGCCAACCAGUUCUGUCUUGGUUGCCAGUAAUCAGAUGCUGCUGUAACUGUAGCCAUGCAAGCCAGAGUUUGCUCGCCUACAAGCGAAGCAUAUCUAUAGCGUCAGAUAUAAAUAACACGGCUACAUUUCAGAAUUUUGGGUUGUCCAUAGUUGCACUGGACAGGUGAUAGCCUCUGGGGGAUGGUGGAACAACCCAUUUCACAGUUUCAUUGAACAACUCUGGUCUAGAUAUAUGUAAUUACAAAGCCCAUAAAAAGGAUGAAAGGACACACUGAAUUAAAACUGUGAGGUGAAACACCGCAAUGGAAAACAGUGUCAUUUAUUUAUGAGUCCAUCUAUCCUUCCACAGUAUAUUGUGGUUUUUUAUUUUUUUUAUUUUUUAUUAUAUAUAUAAUACAGAUUACAAACACAAGCCCCCAAGUUCACAUUAUAUUGUUGACCAUUCUAAGCUUCACUAAAGCCCUGUUGAUCAUUGUGCUGCACAUUGAUAGAGAGGUUGGAGAAUUCUGAUGGGAAUGGGAACAGAAAUCAUCACUUAUUUGUCCCAAGUCCGAGACAGACAUCAAUCCAGCACAUACAAUCUGUAUUUGCCGUUGUUGCUUUCAGUCUGCAAACAAUACAUAAUUGGUUAUAUGGCCCCCCCCACAUUUGCAUUACAUUUCCUUUGCAUUGAAUGGGGUACGAUAAUGUAAUAACAGUGUAAUUAAGUACUUAAGUUAUCUAAGUUAUGUAAUUUUGCCAUAGUGGAUAGUGGGACAAGCUGUAGUUUUUGGGAAAAGGUGAGCAAACGGAAACAGUGCUGUGUGUUACAAAUACAGAAUGGAAAAUGAUGCCUUCUUGCACAUUAGUGACCACCAUUUGAGAUUAAUAGUCUCCACCUGUGUUCUGGGUCAUUAAUACACCCCUGCUGAGCAUUAAUCCACAGGAAAUAGCCUCCACCUCACUCAUAAUUACCUAAUGGCUUAGCUACAAUUCAUGGAAGAUGAACUCAGUACUGCUGAAAUUGUAGGGCUAUUUGUGGGUAGCAACACAGACCUUAUGGAGAUAGGAUAUUUUAGCAAAGGCUGAGCUGGUAUUGAUGUGGUUUCCCGAUAAAGAGAGCUGAAAUAAAUAUUGUUGAGGGAAAACAGCUGCACCUUUUCUGAGGAAUGCUAUAGAUAAUGUUAGAUAACAGGAGUGGAGACAUGACAUGUGAGACCACAGGCCAAAAUACCCGCUCUGUUUCUUUGUGGAAGGUUGUUUGAAAUGACAAAGCUCAACCUUCUGUUUUUCUCAUGAUUGUUUUUUCUCUCUAUGUUUUUAGCUGUUAUUUUUUAUCUGUAAGCCGCCUUGAGUCCUUGUCAGGGAAGAAGGCAGAUUUAAAAUGUUGGUUGGCAUCUAGGCAGCAUAUAGUUCAUAAUUUCUGCAGGGCAAUGGGAAUCCGUUGCUGUGGCACUAGCUUUGUGCAACAUGGAUAGUUCACCCCAGUGCUUAAAGUGGGGAGGGGACAGGUUUAUUUCUUUUUCAUAUUCUAAUAUAUUUAGGUCCUGCUUAUUCUAUAUAAAGGGACGUGGGUGGUGCUGUGGGUUAUACCACAUAACCUAGGACUUGCCGAUCAGAAAGUUAGUGGUUUGAAUCCCCAUGACGGGGCGAGCUCCCGUUACUCGGUCCCAGCUCCUGCCAACCUAGCAGUUUGAAAGCACGUCAAAGUGCAAGUAGAUAAAUAGGUAUCACUCCAGCAGGAAGGUAAACGGUGUUUCCGUGCGCUGCUCUGGUUCACCAGAAGCGGCUUAGUCAUGCUGGCCACAUGACCCAGAAGCUGUAUGCCGGCUCCCUCGGCCAAUAAAGUGAGAUGAGCGCCGCAACCCCAGAGUCGGCCACGACGGGACCUAAUGGUCAGGGGUCCCUUUACCUUUAUUCUAUAUAAACUAAUGGAUAACGAACUGCACCUAGCGAUAGUAUAAAACAUAACAUUAUAUAAGGUAUAAAAAUGCUCAUUGUGUUGAAAGAGUAUACAAAAAAAUGGCAGCAUCAAAAAAUGGCAGCAUCAAAAAGAACAUCAGCUGCAGAUAAAAAGAUUUAUGUAUCUGUCAAUCAUCACCCCAAGGCGCAAUGAGCUGAAGUAAGACUUGCUGUCCUUUCAAAGCCAAGCAAAUAUGGAACCGGACUGAAAAAGCAUGGAAUCACCACUACAGAAAAGGUCAUGUGUAUUGUAUCCAUUCACUAUACAUUUAAAGGCCACCCCCCCCCCACAGUGUUCCUUAACAGACUGUACUUGCUUCCUCAUUGCCUCCCAAUUAGUUCUAUGGAAGACAUGGGACAGGCUGCAACAAUAAGGUAUGGGGAGACCAAUGUGUUAAAGUUGUCCCUUUCAUUUCAGCUACUGUCAGAAAACAUGCAGUUGCGUUUUUGACCUGUUACGAUCAGCACAUAGAAAUACUAACCAGUGGGGAAGAUUUACCACCAAUUUUGUCCAUUUUUGGCAGCUCACUCAGCAGUGGAAGACUAUCCGGCCACAGAUGGAACCCGAAAACCUUUCCAAAGCUGAUGCUGUGAAAGGAUUUUUGUCAUUCAUUCAGAACUUGAGGAAAGCUAUGACAGAAGAGAUUCUUCAGAUUCUGAGAAGUGAAAGCAAUGUGGAAGUCCUGUGAGUUUCUGGCAACCUAUUUUCCCAUCUCUAGCAUAUCCAUCUUAAAUGUGUGAAUACACAGAAGGAGAAUCAACACGUUCAUUUGUGUUUAUCUAUCUAGGUGAAAUCUACACAUACAUAAAAACGCUGUGAAAAUGCUUUUUAAAAAAGCGUUUUGAAAAAUACAUUGAAUUUUUCAUAGCUCACUGUCGCCAUCUAGUGUCACAUUUGUAUAUUGAACUUUACAAACACAUUGAGAACGUUUUAUUUGUAGCUGUGUCCCUAAGCUACAACAGCUAAUAUUUUCUUCUCUUUGACGUUAGCAGAAAAUUAAAGCACUGUUGUAGGGGCCUUGCUUCUAUAAUAACCUUUGGCACAGUGCUCAGGCCGGGAGACCCUUUUAAAUUGCCUCCCAAAGUAGAAACCUCUGUGGAUUGAUAUAGAUGCAGUGUCCCCAAUCUCAUCGGGGCAUUUAAGAGACUGGAAGUAGGAUGUGGAAUUGCGGCAAACCUUCAUUUCCAAGGAACAGCGCCUCAACCACAGUGACUGCUUAAACAAGCUCUUUCUUAGCUAGGCUUCAAUACUUUGCUUUUAAAUCCAGCUUCAAACCCUGGUUAAGCAGAUAACCUGGUUGAAGUUUGUUGUUGUUGUUGUUGUUUAGUCGUUUAGUCGUGUCCGACUCUUCGUGACCCCAUGGACCAGAGCACACCAGGCACUCUUGUCUUCCACUGCCUCCCGCAGUUUGGUCAGACUCAUGUUCGUAGGUUCGAGAACACUGUCCAACCAUCUCGUCCUCUGUCGUCCCCUUCUCCUUGUGCCCUCAAUCUUUCCCAACAUCAGGGUCUUUUCCAGGUAACCAUCACUCUGCCAAAAAAAAUGCCUUACAAUUUUUUAAUUUUUUUUUAAUCCCUUCCCUUUUCAUACAGUCCCCAGUUGGUUGAUGCUGUAGCCUCUGCACAGACCUCAGCCUCUCUGAAAGCUAUGCUGGAUUUCCUGGAUUUCAAGAACAAGAGUGGAUCUGUCCUUCAGGAGAGGUUCCUCUAUGCCUGUGGAUUUGCUUCUCAUCCCAACGAGUUCCUACUCAGAUCUCUAAUUGUAAGUCUCAGUGGUGGUAAAGGGAACAUUGGUUUUUCGUGCUCAGAAAAGGAAUUGCCCAGUCUUUCAGAAGAGCUGAAGAUGAGCUCAUGAAAGUGUGGAGAAAGUGGACAGAGAAAAACUUUUAUCCUUCUUUCUUCACACUAGAACUUGGGGACAUCCAGUGAAGCUCAGUGUUGGAAGAAAAGUACUUUUUCAUACAGCAUAUAGUGAAACUCUGGAAUUCACUCUCACAAGGGAUCUUAGACAAAUUCAUGGAGAAUAAUGGUAUCAAUGGCUAUGAGCCAUGAUGCCUGUGUUCUACCUCCACUGUCAGAGGCUGUAUUUAUUUGUUUGCAGUUGUUUCUGAAUGGAGACUCGGUACAAUGAAACUAAAAAUGAGUUAAAGCAGCCUGCCUCUGAAAGCCAAUUGCUGGGAAUCACAAGGGAGAAAGAGUGUUGCAGACUUCCCAUAGGCAUCUGGUUGGCCACUGGGAGAAUAAGAUGCUGGACUAGAUGGGCCAUUGGCCUGAUCCAGCGGUCUCUUCAUACAUUUUAAAAACAAGACCAUAAGGCUGAUAUAUUAUGUACUUAACAUGGAAGCAAACCCCACUGAACUCAGUGCUCUGAUUUAGCCCUCAUGUUUCUGUACCACGAGCCUCACUUUCAACCGAGACAAUAGCAAGGAUGUGUACUCUUGUGAGUGGAUGUCCUGACCUGCCUUGUGAAGCAGUAGGCUGGGCUAAUUAUUUGCAAUGGGAAGCAAUUCAAUAUGUCAUUUAUCCCUUCUCGUCCAGCAGAUUGCCUGCAGCUCUUUGUGGAGAUAUUUUCACGAUGGCUGUUUGGCUAUUGCACAUGGCGUGGCUGGGAAAUGAGUUCCUUUUCGAUAAGGAACUCCGUUUUCCACAACCAAACCUCAGAGUGGAACACAAAAGCACCUGAGAUUGGUCUGAAACACCACCAGCUUUUCCUGGGAAGGAAUAAUCCUGUGGGAAAGGGAACCCAGUGAAACACAUCUGAGGGGGAUUGACUAUACAUCCAAGGGUCAGGGCUAAGAGGCAGAGACCAAUAAAAUCUUUUCUUCUUCAUCAUAUAACAGAAUACAUAUAACAGCCAGAUCGGCAGCAGCGAAAUCCGAGAAACAGUUGUCAUCGUUAUUGGGGCCCUCAUCAAAAAGCUGUGUGACAAGGGAGGCUGCAAACUGCCUGUAUGUAUUUUCUUCUUGGUGCUGGAAGCAAAAGCAAAUAUGAAGCUCCAUCCAAGCUGACCUCUUUGUCUGCUUCCAUCUUUCUGGCUUCUUUCAUGGUGUUCCUUACAUCUGGAACAGCCUUUCAAUAUUUAUGCCCCAAGCCAACUCCCCGCUCAUGAAGCAUUUCUUUCUCAGAACUGUUCUCAAAUCAUCCUUAUUUUGUCUUACCUGCUCUUUCGGUGUAAUUCACCUGUUCCUUCCUCGGACCUCUCUCUUGCCUGUCUAUCCCAGGUUUGUCCAUCUGAUGAAGGUUGCAAAUCCUCUGAGGUGAAGAGAUCAUGUCACUUCCAUAUUCUGUACAGCAACACAGCACACUGGUUUACAUAAAAUCUAAUAUUGUAUCAGCAACAACAAUAGCUUUUGCUCUCAUGGGUGUCUCUUCCCACCACUGCCACCACUAGCCCCUCCCUAAAUGGUAGACCUACUUGAUUCUUUGCAGUGAUCUCAAGGCUGGGUGCUGUGUUGAUAAUAGUGAGUAUAUAUUGCUAGAUUUUAUGGGAUCCGGUAAGGAACUCAUUCUAUCAUCCAUCCAUCCAUCUGUCUAUCUAUCUAUCUAUCUAUCUAUCUAUCUAUCUAUCUAUCUGCUGUACUCCUAGGUGUAAUUUUGCCAGAUUUCCCAAGUAUCAUUAUCAUUGAUUUACUACCCAAUCGCAUGGAUUCCCCACUCCCACCCCCGCUACCCCCUCUAUAUAACAGUGUUUUAGGAAGUUUUGCAUUUUCUUUCCAGGCUGUUAUGGAAGCCAAGAAGCUGAUCUCUGGAGGUUUGAACAGGGCAAAGACAGCUGAUGAUGUGAAGGUCUACCUUCUGGCAUUGAAGAAUGCUGUUUUGCCUGAAGCUAUUCCAGACCUUCUGAAAUACGCUGAGUCGGGAGAAGGCCCCAUCAGCAAUGUUGCUGUUUCUGCUCUGCAGAGAUAUCACCACUCUUUCAUUACCAGUGAGGUAAAAUAAUAGAAAAUUGCCCAAAGAAAAGAUGGCGCAGGUGGACAUUUCAAAUAAUAAGUGUCUUUCUCUGCCUGAUAGUCCCUCAUUUAAAUAUCAGGUGUUUCUAAGUAAGAUAAAUAUUCUAUUAUUAUUAUUAUUAUUAUUAUUAUUAUUAUUAUCAUUCUAUGUCCUGAAGAGUCUGGAAAGACAAUUUUGAAAGCAACCCCAAAGUCUUUCCCAUAAGCCUCAUUGACAGAUAUUUUGGGGACAUAGGCAAGGUAGCACUAGGUCCUUGUCCUCUGCCCUGGACCAGUGAGCAGGAUUUGCAUUGUAGGAGACAUUUGUCCAUCUAUCCAUCUGCAUAUCACAAGAAACUGUAAAAUGCUAUCUCAAUUUCGGCUUAUAGCCCUAAAAAGCAUGAGGCUCUUUCUAGAAGGGGUGAAAAGAAGAAUUAGGUGGGUAGUUAUAUGGGAAUUGUAUCUAUCAUUCACUCCUACAGCUUCCAGGUAAGACUCAUGACUCACAUGAUUUCCCAUCAUCCCCCCCACCUCCCAGAACAAGCUGCAUGUCAGUCAGAAAUUCUUCCUGAUUUUACUUUCGCAUCCAGUCUGGGGCUGGAUGAGUCCCAUUGUUUUGGACUGGUCCUAGUAUAAUAUUCAUGAAUUUUCGUAAUAUACUUGUACCGUAUUUUUCGCCCCAUAGGACGCACUGCCCCAUAGGAUGCACCUAGUUUUUUUUGGGGGGGGGGGGAAAUAAAGAAAAAAAAAUAUUUCCUCCCCAGGUGCGGGGCUGGCGCGGGGGAAGCCCGAGCUUCCCCCGACCCCAGCCCCGAGAACAGCCUGCUAUCCGCAAGCCUAGGGAGCCCGGUGGGAAGUUGCGCCAGUCUCCCCAGGCUUGCAGAGAGCUGCGUGAAGCCCGGGCGCGCUCUUCAGCGUGCCCCAGGCUUCAGAAUGCAGGCAGCUCUGCGCAAUCCUUGGGAGACCGGCGCGACUUCGCGCCGGUCUCCCGAGGGUUGCGCAGAGCUUCCUGAAGCCUGGAGAGCGAGAGGGUUCGGUGCGCACCGACCCCUCUCGCUCUCUAAGCUUCAGCGAAAGCCUGCAUUCACCCCAUAGGACGCACACACAUUUCCCCUUCAUUUUUGGAGGGGAAAAAGUGCGUCCUAUAGGGCGAAAAAUACGGUAUAUUGUUCCUUGAGAAGCUAUCCCACUGAUCUGUUCUUAUUUAUUGGUGAUAUACUUCCUUUUCCUGCUUUUGUUAUGUUGCCAAUUAUGUACAGGUGAUGAAACUUGACUAGAUUGUGUCCCCAUUAGGUGAAGAAAACCAUGAACAGGAUUUAUCACCAGAACCAUAAAGUUCACGAGAAGACGGUACGCACCACAGCAGCUUCCAUCAUCUUCAGCAACAAUCCUUCCUUCAUGGAAGUAAAAAACCUCCUGCUCUCUAUUGGAGAGCUGCCUCUGGAAAUGAAUAAGUACAUGCUUUCGCUAAUCCAGGACAUUCUACGUUUUGAAAUGCCUUCCAGGUAUAUCAAGUUUCAUUUGUUAUUUAUGUUUCUCCACUUGCCUGUGCAUAGUGUUGUUUGAGGGCAAAGGCAAGAGCACUAUAUGGUGGGGUGGAAGCUGUACUGGAAGCAUUUCCACCAUGUUCAGUAUAAAUCCACCUUUUUAGACUGGGGGGGGGGAGGACUCAGAAGAAACUGCAAAGUAUUGAGGCAAAAAUAUCUGUCUGGUAUUUAAUGGAUUGGUUGUUUUUUUUCCUAAAAGAAGGGACAGACAGCAGAUCUAACGUUUAAAAUAAUUUCAUUAUCGUUCUCUUUAUAGGUAAACAACAAAAAAUGCAUUGAGAUGUUAAUUUUUCAUUUCUAUUGUUUUUAUUAUUAUGCUAGAAAAUCCAGGAUCUUUGGCCUAGAGCAGGCAUCCCCAAACUCGGCCCUCCAGCUGUUUUGGGACUACAGUUCCCAUCAUCCCUGACCACUGGUCUUGUUAGCUAGGGAUGAUGGGAGUUGUAGUCCCAAAACAGCUGGAGGGCCAAGUUUGGGAAACACUGGCCUAGAGCCCUUGUGGCAAUGCCACAUUCGCUGCCUCCCUCAAGCCUCCUCACCACAUCUGAAUAUUCCUAUAAUUGUUAUUCCUUUACUGUUCUUUUAACCAGUGAAUUUCUUACAUAAAUAAGCAACUUCAUCUAACAAUUUCCUCCAGUGGUUCUUAUGUAGUGAUUAGAACUUUACAGAAUCAUCAGUGAUUUCAGCAACUUUUGUCUUAAGACCUUUUGCAAUUUGUAGGCCAAUAUAAUAAUAGCAUUUUUAUCUUCUGGUUGUGGUCUUUUGAUUACACUACUCAAGCAACACAAACCUUCCCAUUUGCUGCAUGUUGCCAUUUGUAGAAGAUAUUUAAUUUUCUGAUGGUUAAGGACACUUUUUUGUGUUUCAGCAAAAUGAUCCGCAAAGCUCUGAAGGAUAUCUCCAUUCAUAACUACGACCGAUUUGCGAAAACAGGUUCUUCCUCAGCUUUCUCGGGUUACCUAACACGUAAGCGACUAACAAACUAGAUAGUAGGUUUUAAUUACAUUUAUUGACACUCAGUUUCACCAGAAAUCCUUACAACUUGUCUCUCUGUUUAAUCAAGGUUCUCCGGAUGUGUCAUCCAUCUAUAGCCUUGACAUACUCUACUCUGGCUCUGGAAUCUUAAGAAGAAGUAACCUGAAUAUCUUUCUUUUCAAUAAAUACGCUCAACUUCAUGCCAACCAGGUAAGUCCCAUGCGCUACUAGAGUAAUAACUCAGCAAAAAAGUAUAAGUGUGCAGCUUGGACAUAAUGUGGUCGCUCCAUUAUACCAUACUGUGAACCAAUGUGCUGUAGCAGCUGGUGGGUUGAGCCCCUCAAAUGGAAAUGUAAGAAGCUGCCUUAUAGUUUGGGGUCAGACUGUUGGCUAGGUCAGUAUCCUCUGUUGUGACUGGCAGAGCCUUUCCAGGGUUUCAGGCAGAGGUCUUCCUUAUCAGCCUCCUAAUCAGAGAUGCAAGAGAAUAAACCUGGGACAUUCUGCAUGCACUCAGCUACGGUGUCUCCCUUAAGAGUGUUCCCUUAUCCAAGGUUUGUUAUAGAAGUAGCACUACCAUUUUUGUUUGAGCUUUUGUUUUUUUGAUGACAGUGGGAGAGUGUUGUUGCACUCAUAUCCUGCUUGUGAAAUUCCCACAGUCUUCUGGUUGGACAAUACAGUCAUACCUUGGGUUACAGAUGCUUCAGGUUGCGCUCUUUCAGGUUAUGGACCUCUGAAACCCAGAAGUACUGGAACGGAUUACUUCCAGGUUUGGGCGGUUGUGCAUGCACAGAAGUGCUAAAUCGCACUUUGCGCAUGCGCAGAAGCGCAGAAUCGCUACCCGCGCAUGCACAGACACGCCACUGCGGGUUGCGAAUGUGCCUCCCACACGGAUCACGUUCGCAACCCGAGCAUCCACUGUACAGGAGUAGAUGGCCCUUUUGUCUGCUCCAACAAGACUCUUCCUAUGUUCUUACAGAGGCUGUGUUUAUAUGUAAUACUAAACCACAGUGUAGCCCUAAGUGGAUGAACCUCCACAAGCCCAAGCCCAAUGCCUGGCUUGCAUGUUCCUUCCCUGCCUUCUCCUCCUCCUGCUUAGUUCUCCCCCGCCCUCCUAUGAUGGCAUUCAAUUUCCUCAAAUCCUUACUGUCCAAAUAAACCAGGAAUCCUGUUCUAAUCAAUUUCAAACUAAGACAAUUUCAAACUAUGAGAUAUCAGUUUGCUUUAUUGAACAGAGUUAUUUUUAAUCCAGAAUUCCAGAUUUGUAUAUAACACUAAGAUGACAUUCAAGGAAAAUCGGCAGUCAUCUUGGCAGCUUUCCUCUGGUCACAUUGGAGGUGUACAGUCAUACCUCAGGUUACAGAUGCUUCAGGUUAUGUUUUUUUGGGUUACGGACCUGCCGAAACCCAGAAGUACUGGAACGGGUUACUUCCAGGUUUUGGCGGUCGCACAUGCACAGAAGUGCUAAAUUGCAACCCACGCGUGCGCAGAUGCACCACUGUGGGUAGCGAAUGCUGCGGGUUGCGAAUGUGCAUCCUGCACGGAUCAUGGUCGCAACCCGAGCGUCCACUGUACUAUGCUCUGACUUUCUGAGGGCUCACCCAGUAGCAUUGAACCAUGAUGAUUUAGCAUUACAUGUGAACCAGUCUAGACAGCAAGUGUCCAGAUGCAAAGGAGAACAGGCCUAUUCCAUCUAAUAGUUGUGCAGAAGAAGGAAUUUCAGCAGCUGCAGUUUUUCACACCCUUGGAUUAAAAAGCCACAUUGAUAAAACUUUCUGUGCAACUCUGACCUAAAAGGAGCCAUGCCAUGCCUCUCUUUUGGACACCUAGAUAUAAAAGCAGGGCAUGGUCUGAUGGCAAAUUCUGCAGCUACCUUGUGGACUUUAAAGAGGUAUGGAUGGCAUGUGCUUGCCUGCAAGUGGUCAUCAUUCAUCAUGCAAGCUGUGUGCUCCUAUCUCCUUUUAGGUGGUGAUUGAGGCUCAGGGCCUAGAAUCCAUUAUAGCUGCAUCUGCUGAUGAAGGUGAAGAAAAUCUAGAGUCCUUCGCUGGUGUGUCAGCGCUCAUGUUCGAUGUUCAGCUUAGACCCGUUACCUUUUUCCAAGGGUAUGGCGAUCUCAUGUCUAAAAUGUUCUCAGCCACUGGAGACCCCAUAAGUGUGGUGAAAGGACUCAUCCUUCUGAUGGAUUACUCACAGGUGAGUUCUGCAUACUGGGCAAUUAAAUAGCUUCCGUGCAUAGAUAAUAUCCCUUACUCCCCAUUUGACAUGCACUUACGGGGAGAUCACAAGUAAGAACAACCAGAACUGCAUUAAUUAAUUUUGACUGCAAUCCUGUGCAGGAUUUGCUAUUUUGGAGCAGAUUCCAUUGAGCUUGAUAAGAAUUGCUUCUGAGUAGACAAGCAUAGAGUUUGGAUUUGAUAUCCCGCUUUAUCACUACCCGAAGGAGUCUCAAAGCGGCUAACAUUCUCCUUUCCCUUCCUCCCCCAUAACAAACACUCUGUGAGGUGAGUGAGGCUGAGAGACUUCAGAGAAGUGUGACUAGCCCAAGGUCACCCAGCAGCUGCAUGUGGAGGAGCAGGGAAUCGAACCCAGUUCACCAGAUUACGAGUCUACCACUCUUAACCACUACACCACACUAGCUCCAAUAGGGUUGCUGUGGGCUUGUCCACACUUCUGCUUGUCCCUUGCUUAGGAAGAAUGGGUCCAAGUAGUUUUCCGCUUGUCUCAUUCUUUCUAGGCAGGGGUCCGAGUGGUUUUGCCUUUGGCCUAUUGCUUUCCUCUAGAAAAUCUGCUCUUUAGUGCUAAAUUGAAGCAAAGCCAACGGGAGUGUGAGAGGGGGGUGGGGAAUUGACAUUUGCUCCAGUUCUGUGGGUUUUCCCAGGGAAAACAGCAGAAAGUGGAAGUGUGGAUGAGCCGUCUAUAUUCCCAUUGGCAGGAAGUGGGAGAUGCUAUCCUCCCAUUAAGUUAUUCAGAGUCUACAUGCAGCCAACUGACAAAUGCUAAGCUCAAAUGCUUAAACCUCAUCAAGGGGAGAAAUCACUGACAUUCAUAGUUUCACAAAAACAAGAAACAAGCCACAUUUUUUAUAACUGUGCUUAGAUGUGACGUAACACAAUACACCAUUUUAUGUAUUGCUGUUUCCCCCCCAGUGUCUUAUUUCUUAUUCACCAUAUGAUUGCAUAUUCCGAAGUGCAUGUAGUCAUGGGGAAAUGUCAGGUAUUUUUCAACCCAUGGCAACAGUUUCCUGUAGCAUUUGAUUGUAUUUCAUUAAAAUCUCAUAUGAAUGAGUACUUUAAACCUCCCUUUUUGAUAUAAAUCCCGUUGCUGCAACUAAGUGUAAUUGAAAAUCAGAUGGAGUUAUGAAUCUAGACUAAGAUUCAUAUGUUUGUUUAGAAAUGUACAGAGAGCCACCAUUACCCAGUAUGGUUAUAUCGAGUAUCAGACAAGGACUGGGGCAAGCCAGGUUCAUAUCCCCAUUUAACCAUGAAGCUCCCUGGGUGAUCUUGGGUCAGACACUCUUUUCCAGCUCAACGGACCUCACAGGGCUAGUGUAAGGAUUAAAUGGGGGGGGGGGUCACAGGAGCAAGCCCUACCCCCAACAUACACACACAUAAAAGAAAGAGGAAUCUCUGCCCUUUCCCCAGGACUAGAGCAGCUCCAUGGCUAGCAACGUGAAGUCACAUUUAUUUGCUUAUAUUUUACAAAUUUAUAAAUCACCUCAUAGCAUGAAGCCAUGGGAGUGGUGUGCAGGAUAAAAAUAGAAUAAAGCAGAAAAACACAAGCUCUAAAAGCAAAUGAGCCCAAUGUGCAGAUUUGCUAUUAUUUAAAGCAUCUUUAAAAAUCUGCCUUGCUGAAUUACAGUAAAAAACCUAGCCGUUCCCCCAUUAUUAUUAUUAUUUUAACAAAGCAAAGGACAGUGGGGAAAAGUGCUCUUUUCAGUGCCAUCUGCUUCUCCCAUUUUAUACACCUUCCAUUUUGAUGGGUCUUACUUCAGCGUAAAUUGUGCAUCGGAUCUGGACACAUCAUGCCUUGUCUCAGGCCAUGUAGUAUGGCUAUAUUUAAAGUUAAUCUGAUUUCCAAGUCCUGUGAACUUUAAAAUCUUGGCUGUCUAUCAGCAUUCAAAUGAAAUGACUUGCUCUGACCCUGAGCUAUUAUCACUUCCAAAAUUGACUCAGUGCGAUGGACUUCCAGUCCAGCUGUAAAAGAUUCUGACAGCUGUGAGCCUCAGCCUUGGCAGAAAACUCUGUGAAUGCAACUAUCUCCUCCUGCCUGCCCAUAAAGCUGUAUCUCCAACCAAAUUCUGCAGAAAACCAUUUGGCACUUCUUGCAACAGCUCUUUUGCACAAAUUCUUGCUGCAGGUGGCCUAAUACUGGAGAGAAGUGGUUUCUUUUUUGUGUCAUCCCAACUUCCUCUAGAAGGCAUGCAGGGGUCAGCAAACUUUUUCAGUUGGGGGCCGUUCCAUUGUCCCCCAGACCUUGUGGGGGGCUGGGCUAUAUUCUGGGGAAAAAAUAUGAACGAAUUCCUAUGCCCCACAAAUAACUCAGAGAUGCAUUUUAAAUAAAAAGCACACAUUCUACUCAUGUAAAAACAUGCUGAUUCCUGGAUCGUCUGUGGGCCGGAUUGAGAAGGCGAUUGGGCCAGAUCCGGCCCCCGGGCCUUAGUUUGCCUACCCAUGGCAUAGAGAGAGCCUUGUGAUUAGCAACCUCAAGUUUUGCAGGCAUUCAGAUAAUCUCAUGCAAAUGGGGCUUGAAUUUUCUGGAUUGGAAACUUAAUAAUAAUAAUAAUUUUAUUAUGCCACCCAUCUGACUGGGUUGCCCCAGCCAUUCUGGGCAGCUUCCUGCAAGAAAUGCUGAAUUGGCUGAAGAGGCUGAAUUGAGUGGAGAUACAUGCUUGUUUUUUAAAAUGUCUCACUUUCCGCACAGCAUUAACAGCAUUCCCAAGAGAUGCAUUUUGGUCUGAAAGGUGUCCCUAAGGCAACUCCUGGUGUGGUGGUCUCACGCUGCCAGCCUUAUCUAUGGUUACUUCUGUAUUUAGCUGGCACUGCAAGACUUUCACAACCAGAUGAUUGGAAUUUGUGAAUGGUAGUUGGUAGCUGAUGUACCUUUCUUACAUAACUUUUCCUGUUCUGUAUGGGAUUUCUGUGCCAGAAGCUGAUCUUUCUUAAAAGCUGUUGGUGUUCCUGCAGCAGGUCAGGGGGAAGAAGAUUGUCAGGAAGCCUGUGGAGAAUUCUCCUAUGUCUCUUAAAUGCAGUGUAGACAAGGACCGUAAAAUCUAUUUAAAUCUGCAGGUGAAAGAUGCCCUUGACUUUAGCCCCAUCACUUCACCCUGUUUCUGAAGCUAAGUCAAGAAAAUCAAGACAGGUCUUUAAAAUAUUUCCAUUCCUUCACAUUCUGCUCUUAAACUCAUGCUAAAACAGUAAUGAUGUAAGCUUAAAUAAUGCCCAAUCCAGGUAACAAUAAUUCAACAAUAAAGAAGAACCUAAUUCACAAACAAGUAAGCAAUAUCACAAUAAAACCAGUUAAGAACAGAUUUUAAAUAUUGGUCAUAUAUUGAAUAAAACAAGAAAUGUUCAUUGUGCACCAUUUUGCAUCUAGGUAAUUCAGCUACAGUCUGGGCUGGUUUGCAGCACGGAAUUCCAGGGAGGCCUGGCCAUUGAUAUUUCUGGAGGAAUGGAAUUCAGCCUUUGGUACAGAGAAUCCAAAACCAAUGUUAAAAACCGGUGAGAUGACGUAACUCCAGACAUCCUUAAAGGAAACGCAUCAAAUGAUUUUGUCAACAUAGGGAAUUUUAAAUCUGAGGAAAGCGUGGAAAUCUUAAAACACUUAGCAAUAUGAACUGAAUCCCUGUUUUAGACAGAAAUAUUCAUGUUUCUUUCUUUGGGGGGGACUGUUUUUGUCUAACUGGUUUCAAAAACUAUGCUGGCAGCGAUGCAGUUGUAAUCCUUAUCAAACUUACCUGGAAGUCAGUCAGUCCCAUUUAACACUCAUUUUUUCUGAGCAGACUUUGACUUUCAUAGGAUUUUGCUGCAAAGGUAGAAGGGCAAUCACCAUGCUUACGCAAAGGUUAGGCUUUGUUGAGGUUGUGGGGAAGAUAUUGACAGCCCUUCUAUGUAAAACUGGAUUUCAUUCGUUGCCAUAUUGGUAAGAGGAGUUUCUCAGACUAUCUGUGGGAUUUGAGGAUGGCUUUAUCAAAUUGAGAUUCAGAGUGGAAUUCGAUGUGGCAAUUGAAUUGGAACUGCAGCCACAUGUCGAGUACUCCCUCCCUGCUGUUUAGGCAUAUUUACUUGUCUUGGGAUGUCCUAAGAUGUUUUUUUUCCUACCACUAGGAGCCAGUGAUACAGAGACGUUGGGGAGGUGGCAUGAUGUGGUGGCCUGACGGACGGGAGGGAUGCUCCUGUUCUUUGGGUGCUGGAAUGUUAUCUAAUACAUGACGUCCUGGUUUAUCUUAAUCUCUUCUUGCAGGGGAGCUGUGGUGAUAGUCGGCAACAUUGUUGUGGAUGCACUCUUUGUCAAGGCUGGCAUGGAAAGCAGUGUUGAAGCCGAAACAACUCUGGACUUUGUCUCUACAGUGCAGUUUUCACAAUAUCCGUUUUUAGUUUGCUUGCAGAUGGACAAAAUUGAAAGUCCUUCCAGGUAGGAAGCAGGGGGAGCUAUUUGUCUUAGUGUUAACAGUGUACAGUGGUACCUCGGUUUAAGAACUUAAUCCGUUCCUGAAGUUCGUUCUUAAACCAAAUCCGUUCUUAAACCGAGGCAAGCUUUCCCUAAUGAGGCCUCCCGCCGCUGGUGCCCUUCCACCGUUUAGCUUCAGUUUGUAGACCGAUGUAAAUUCCGCAAACUGGAACACUACUUCUGGUUUUGUGGAGUUUGUAAACUGAAUAGUUCAUAAACAGGACUCUUCAUAAACCGAGGUACCACUGUACUCUAACUAGACUUAGGGAGGGUUGGCUUAGGAAGGGUGUCAGGAAGUGGAUUCAGAGGCUGGUGGGUCUGGAGGCUUCUACCAACCCUGGUGAAAUCCUGAAAAUUGGCUUCUAAAUAUCUUUAGAAUAUGCUGGGUGGGAAGAGAUUUUGCCACAAAAAUGUGCAGUUGGGCUUAUCAUUAAGAACUACUACUCAUAGGAUAGAUACUUUAUGCCAACCGAGUUACAAUAUAUAAUGCAAUAUUAUUAUUAUUAUUUUGCAGGAGAUACUUAAUUAAAUAUGAAAGUCUACCAUCAGGAGAAUCUUAUACCUCCCGGAAAGGAAAAGUGAGGCUGCUGGCUGGUUCCGAAUAUCCCCUUCACCAAGAGAACUCCAACAUGUGCAAGAAAGUUUUCAGUGAUCAGCCCGACUCCUCGGAAAGCUGGUUUUGAAACAGGCGCCUGAUCUUUCAUUUGACCCCAACCGUGGCUGAUGUUGGCUUUUACACGUACUGCCGUGCUGGCUUAGGGCCUGAAUCUGUGAUACUUGAGCCCAUGAAAACUUUACUGUCAACUUCAAGAGGCCCAGAAUCUUGAGUGCGUGUUCACUGUGUUUACAUAUUUACAUAUAUUUAAAGAAACCCUUUUUUAUGUGACAAGUUAAGGAAAUCAUACAAAUUGAUGCAAUUCUAGGCAUUCAUUGAGGGUCCAGUUAGAUGCGUUGUGUGUUCAUGUGCAGAUCUUCCUGAGUCCCUUUGUUUGGUUUUAAAAACACCUGGGGGCAGGCACUUUGGAUUGGGGCCACAGUGAAGGAACAGAGAGAGCUUAACCCAUUUCUCGCACCUCAUUUCUGCAACUUAAAUCACUGCUCCUCAGCCAUGAAGCUCCUUUUACCCAUGGGAAGGGAUUGGAAGGGGGGCACUUGUCCUUGUCUUUUCUUGCUUCAUAGCAGCAUUAGAGAUGUAACAGCAGCAAUUUAAGUAAAGGACAUGAUUCAGGGGGAAAGGGGGGGAUUUUCCUUUCUUAAAUAUCACAACCCCAUUCCCAGUCUUCCCCACCACCCACCUCCAGCUACUUUUAACCGAAGAAAAAGACCACAGGAGUUCCAAUUAUCUGAUUUUUCCCUGGGGGCCAGUAUCACUCUGGCGUUGACAUUAAAAACACUGCAAACACACACUGUUUCUUAAAGCAAGAAACAGAAAGGUCUGUGGUUCUCCCAGGCGUUUUUAAAAUCUGCACAGUAAAAAUAAUGAUUAUUUAUUAUUUCAGUUGUAAUCCUGCCUUUAGUGGAACCCAUUUUUUAAAGUGCAGUAGUGUUCCAUGCUAAGGUAGCACAAAUAAACAUUAAUGCAACCCAAACUGAAACCUUGCACCAGUUCCCGGACAAUUCCUGCUCAUUUUAAUGGGACAUGAGCAGAAGAUUUAGCUGGAUGCUGUUGUGUGGUUUAACUGAAAAACAAAAAAUAUUGGAGUUAGGAUAAUGGAUGGAAAUAUGCUAAUGCAUGCUGUACAAAAGAGAUAGAAUUGUGUGUUCAUAAAUAUUUUCCAUGUAUUAUACUAACCCCAGGCUUUUUUAAUGUACUGUUUGCAAGAUGAAGAACAAUGCUGUGCAUAUGUACUUACUUGAAAGUAAAUCCUACUGUGUUCAUUAGGACUUAGUCCCUAGUUAUGUGGUUAAGGAUGGAGGAAGACAUUUGAAUCAGGUCACAGAUUUGCACUUCCUGAAACAAUGUGAACCAAAACACAGCCAUCCUCUGAAAUUCACACUUCUCUGAAUGUCGCAAUGCAGUUCUCCAACCAGAUAAUGUAAAUGCAUAUAAAGCUUAUAUUAGUGUCAUAGAAAAAUUGCAGUAUAAUGGAGAAAAUUGUUUGCGACAAAACUGUUUUGUAGGCAAAACUGGAUAUAAAACGUGCAAGGAGAAAUGCACACUAAACUACUGGCCUAUUUGAUGUGGAAAUAUAGGGAACUGGAUUUAAGACUGGGGGGAAAUGAGAUUCUGAGAAAAUCCUGAAAUUGACAGAUUUGCCCAUCGUUAUUUAGGAUUGCACCCUUAGGCUAGUACUCCUUUUCGUUUUGUGGUUUGUUUAAUCAGCACUGUGUUUGAAAGGACUUGGGUUGUUAACCUAUGUGUUCGUAAAUGCUUGCUUAUCUUUUUUUUAAAAAAAUUGUGUGCAGUUGGAGACAGUUCUGAUUUGGGAGAGGGUAAAAUCCCAAGUCGUAAAUUUGCUCUUCUGAAAGCCAGUAGGUGGCUUUCAGUAGAAAUAAACAUGGUUCACACUGGUGCUUUUAAAUGAUCUCAUCCUGAAAUGUGGUGGAAGUAGGAAUGUGUUCACACAGACAUCACUCAAUUGGGCCAGGAGAGGACAGGACAACAUCAGGACUCGAAAGAGCCUCCUCUCUGUCUCACCUUCUAAUUACCCUUUUUACAACCUCAUGGUUUUGACAUAGUGUGAUUUUUGGGUAGUCAUGGGCCCCAUUAAUGGUAGACUUGCAUUCUGGGCAAUGAGCAAUAUGGCAUGUAAAUAGAUUUAAAUAAUUCAGUAUUUGCAGCUGAGAAGUUGCUGGGGUUUACCUCCCCCUUCUGUAGUUAAAGUAUCUACUGUGCAUAGAAUCACUCACAAAGCUACCACACUGAAUUUAGUUUUGUGAUGGGUAGAAACCAUUAGGGAGAGACUGGAUUUAUUGGGAGCAUCUGCAGAGGAUUACAAGGAUGACCAAACACCAUUGACCAAUCUAUUUCCUCUAAUCCUGAACCAUAUACACACACAUAUGCACAGACUGAGUGUAGUUUUUCUGCCACACUCUUGACAUCAUCUCAAAAAUGUUUUACCACCCUAGAUGCAGAUAAGUGAUCAUUAUUAUGAUUAUGGUGCUAUUUUAGGCUGCAUCAAUAAAAGUAUAGUAUCCCGAUCAAGGGACGUAAUAGUACCACCCCAUUCUGCCUUGGUCAGACCACACCUGGAGUAUUGGGUCCAGUUCUCGAGACCACAGUUUCAGAAGAAUAUUGACAAGCUGGGCGGCAACCAAGAUGAUCAAGGGCCUGGAAACCAAGCCUUAUGAGGAACUGUUGAGGGAGCUGGGUAUGUUUAGCCUGGAAAAGAGGAGACUGAGAGGAGCUAUGAUAGCCAUCUUCAAGUAUCUAAUGGACUGUCACAUGGAAGAUGAAGCAAGCUUCUUUUCCCCUGCUCUGGAAGAUAGGGCCUAAACCCAGGGAUUCAAGUUAAAAGAAACUCACCAUCAGAAGGUUCUUCCUGAUGUUAAGAGCUGUUUGGAAUGGUAUCUCUUGGGAGGUGGUGGGCUCUCCUCCAUUGGAAGUUUUUAAGCAGAGGUUGGAUAGCCAUCGGUCAGGGAUGCUUUAGUUGAGAUUCCUGCCUUGUUGGUGUCCCUUCCAACUAUGAUUCUGAGGUUGUUCUGCCAGGGCCCAAAUGGUUGGCAAUGGGGCUGCUGCCAAGCUAUUCCUUACAACACCAUUCCUAGGUGUGAAGGUCAAAGUACUCCUGUUAAGUUGUAGUGAUGGGGAUGAGAAGUGGUUUAAUUUUGUUUGGAGGGCUGGGGUUGGUACUACUUAAGCAGUUUUAUUGUGCUGAUAAUUUUGUUUAUUGGUUGUCUGGCUGUGCAAAACUGUCCUGGCAAUUGCAGACCCACUAAGGUAUCUGGUCAGCUGUUCCCACACAGAAUAUUCCAUUUUACUCUUCAGGGUUAGUCUAGCAUUGCCAUAAUUAUCAGUAAAGUGUCAGAUUUUUGGGGAAAGAUCUUUAAACACACCACAUAUAGCUUUGUACCUUAUAAUCUAGAAGAAGCUAAUUGCCUUUCCUCAUAAAUUGGUAAAAAAUAUUUAACACAGCAGCUGAAGCUAACAGAAGCAAUCCCAUACCUUUGAUGCAACUGAUUUUCUUCACGGCAGUAGGAUUUGCAGCUAAUGGUCAUAACUUGGGGGGAAAACAAGGUGCUCUCCUGUAAAGGCAUUGCAGGAUCACGACCUCUUCAUUAGGAAAAAUGAAUGGAAUUUGUUCCUGGCUAUUCCUCAAAUGCUCCACAUGCUUAAUUCUUCAGAGAUGAGUGGCUGGAGUUGUCCCCCCUCCCCCACUGAUAACUGUGUUAGAAAAAAGAAAUACAUACUCCAACAACAACAAAAUCCAAAUCCCCAAUUUGGUAAUCCUGAGAUGACAUCACUUAUUUAUAUUUUCUUGUCAGAUAAAAUAUUUACUUCAUAUGUUGGUCACAAGAUGCUGAGAGAAAUGAAAGAGCCACUAUUGGACUUUGACAUGGGUUCAGUUCUCCACUCCGCCACAAAGCUUACUGGGUGACCUUGGGCCAAUCACCAACCUACCUCACAGGGCUGUUGUGAGGAUGAAAAAUGGGUGCAUAUGCUGCCUUGAGCUUCUUGGAGGAAGAAUAAAUAAAAAUGUUUAACAUUUUUCAUCACUAA